AUGGUAUACUGCGCGGUGUUCGGUUGUAACAACGACUCCAGGUACACAACUGGUAUAUCCUACCAUUGCUUUCCGAGCGAUAAAGCUCUACGAUCACAGUGGCUGGCAAAGAUUUCACAAGCGGAUCUGGUCGUUUUGAAAAACUCCAGGCUGUGCUCAGAACAUUUUACACCUGACUGCUACGAACGAGACUUGAAAGCAGAAAUUCUUGGUUUGAAACCCAGAUCUACGCUAAAACCAGGUGCAAUACCCACGUAUAUAGCCUCUAUAACUGCACAACCUAGUUGUGGAAUCGAAGAACAUGCAGCUUCAGCUUUAGAACAGCCUGCACCUGUUGAUGUAGUGAAUUGUGGAGCAAGUACAUCAACCUCAGACAGCCCAUCAUAUCCAUUCCCACAUGAUUUAGGGCCUAAAAGCACGUUGGUUGAGUCAAGCAGUGCAGGAAGCAGCACCCAGACUGAAGAGGUAUUCCUUCCUGAAAUUGAAGAUAACAAGGAAGAAGCAACUGAAGCUGCUGCUUCCCCAGAAGUCUCUCCAAGAAAAGAUGGCAUCUACCUUCCCACAAAACAGGAAGAUUCAGAUGAUUCGAACUUGUCAGGAUCAGACAACGAACACCAAGGGGAAACAAAAUGCGAAAAGCCACAGGAUGAUACCAAAUACAUUGUAUUUAAACAAGAGCUAUUUAAAUUGUUUAAGUACUGUCCUGAGUGUGGUGCAGUUGUGAUUAAGAGGAACCAAUCCACACAAGGAAGCCAAUUAUUUGUCACCCUAGAAUGUAUGAAUAAUCAUAAGUACUCCUAG